AUGGAGCUGGACCGCCCAGAGAGCUUUUCUCGUUUCUCCGACUUGCCUCCUGAGAUACGCCUCGUCGUUUGGGAGUACAGCCUCCCUGGCACCCGAAUUGUCAGUGUUCGUUGUGGCGCCGACGACCUGAUGUCCGACUCGCGUCGGAGCCCGGUCGCCGUCCUCGGCUGCACCACGACGACGCCAAACCCCGCCAACUUGCAUAUUUGCGUCGAGUCACGUACCGAGGCCAUCAAGAGUUAUCGCCGUUGCUUUGGUUUCGCCCACCAUCCUGGCCAUAUUUAUUUUGACCCCUCUCGCGAUGUGCUCUACUUUGGCCCUCGAGCUGGCUACAUGGCCGCUGACGCGCAGUUUCGCACUUGCAUGUCCAUGUGCGACGAGGCCGAGUUGGCCGCCGUGCGCCGUAUUGCCCUCAGCGACGCUCUUUUCUGGCAGACAAACACGUACCACUCGAUGACGGCUACGGGUUCCAGCAUUGAAUUACUGCGCAUCAUUCGCCGGCGUCUGCCGAACCUCGAACUGAUUGUGUUUGUACCACGCGAACAAGACGAAGCGAACCCCGACGAACUCGAUCAUACACUGCAGCGUAUUCACGAGCAGGUUCUUACAGCAUUCAAUACCUUGGCGGAGGAUCAAGUUACUUGGAGCAUGCCAGAGUGGCAUGUUACAACCUUGAAGGCACUUUACAGUGCUGCGGGAGGAAGCAUUCCUGCCACUCAGAAUAUGACAUGA